ACCAAUGACGUUCGCGCAGCAGAUGCAGCCAUCAAAAUCGAGAAGCCCUGGCCUUUGGGAAUACAUGUACAAAUCUCACAGCUCAAAAGCAAACAACCUCACAAAAGGAGCUCAAAAGUUAAUCUAGCCUCCAAGAUAUAGCACGACGACAAUGAUUUCUCUGCUGGUAGCACCGCUACUUCUGUUGGGGUCUACGCAUGGCCUGGUGGUUAUUCCAGAGACCCGACGUCAGCUUGGGACGAUGACGCUGUCUUCUUCGCUAUCGAGCCACGACGCUAAUAUACCCAGUGAUGAAAUGAUUCGAAGAGACAUUGAAUCGAUGCGAGAAGAAGCGAAAGAACGGUUGCAGUCCUUGAGCGCUCAAAUGGAUGACAUCAUUCGAAAGCACGAAGAGGAACAUCCACAACCGAAAGAAUCUUCCUUUUUGGACUCUUCCGCAUUUGAACGAGCCGAGCUUCCCAUUGUCGACGUGGAGAAUCUCCGACUACACAACCAACAAACACGAAGCAUUGAAGAAGAGUUUGUCGUCGUGUCGCCACCCAGCUACGUUUCCGAUAGCAGUCUUCUCCAUGACACACGCUGGAAGGUAGUCAUCCAAGUGGGAGGCAAAGGAGGCAACACGGAUGAAAAGCCGCUCUUGAUUCACUUGGUUAUGGACUUUACCGCAGACACACUCAAUGAUAACGACGACCUCUUGCGCAGUGGAUUCAGCACCAGUGAGGCCAAGACUCUCCGAAUCAAGGAAAGUUGGAUUGGCGCGAGUUCCUGGACAGAAGGUCGACAACGAGAUGUUCAAAUCAAGGCAACGGGAGGUUGGAAGGUGCUUCCCGGUCAGGGCCCCAAAGGCAUCGAUAUUUUGAGAUUCUAUAUUGAUGUGGAAGACGAAAUCUGCCACGAUAAGGAAAACAGUAGCUUGCGUUGCCCUGCCCAGCGAGUUUACUGUACCAGUGGUUUCUUUUCCAUGGGCCACCACAAUGAAUCCGAGGCAUUCAAAGACUACUUGCGAGGAGAAUUGAAUAGACUCGUAGAAAAAUAUGAAGAUUUGACUUCGGAGGGAGAAAACGAUGAAAGGCUGUUUUCUCUAGACGGAGUGAAGCGCGCCAAGAAAAUGAUCGAUCUUCGCAAACAAAUCAAAACAACCAACGAACGGAUUACUCAGGCCCGGAUUCGGGAUCCAGAAAAGUCCAUGCUGCGCUUGUCACGUCGAGGGGAUAUUGGAGUUACAAAAGAAGGACAAGUUUGUUACAAAGCUGACGCCAAUGGCGCAUCAGCAGAGUAUCUAGUAUUGGGAAGAAUGGAAAUGGCAUCCAUCAACAAACCAAUCAUUGAGUCACCUCCUACUUCUGCAGAUACGUUGCGGCCUUGAAGAGUCGAGUCCAAUCCGCAAGAAAGGAGAGAACUGAACCAACAGGCAGAAGGCCAAAAGUAUAUGAAGAAUACAAUUCCAGGAUGACAGGAGAGUGAGCAACAACACACAUCCUCGCAGCCAUUCAUGCCAUACAUACAAAUCACGAUCAAUUACUAAAGGUAAUAGAUUGUUCAUAAUACUAAGAAAUCGUAGCGAGUUAUGCCCUGCUUUGCUAUGGCCGCAGAACCAAUUAUUGCUUUUUAAAAAGGAUUGCACCAUUAUGUGACUGCUCUAGCCAACCAGCCAUCUAUCUAGCUAGUACCGUACA